AUGGCAUUACUUGCUGUCGCAGGCGUCUACGCUUUCGCAGCGUUGCUCGUUGCGAUAGUCUUAAAUGUCACGCGCCAAUUGCUCUUUCGCAACGAGAAAGAACCACCCGUCGUCUUCCAUUGGAUCCCCUUCUUGGGAAGCACAAUCAGCUAUGGAAUGGACCCCUAUACAUUCUUCUUCUCCUGCAGAAAAAAGUACGGGGACAUCUUCACCUUCGUGCUUCUGGGCCAGAAGACCACUGUAUACUUGGGCGUUCAAGGCAACGAUUUCAUCCUCAAUGGCAAACUCAAGGACGUGAGCGCGGAAGAGGUCUACAGCCCCCUCACCACCCCGGUGUUCGGGUCCGAUGUUGUGUACGACUGCCCUAAUUCCAAGCUGAUGGAACAAAAAAAGUUCAUCAAGUUUGGCCUCACGCAAGCGGCGCUCGAGUCACACGUCCAGCUGAUCGAAAAGGAAACUCUCGACUAUCUCCGGGACUCUCCACGCUUCAACGGCGCGAGUGGAGUCAUUGAUAUUCCUGCUGCCAUGGCUGAGAUUACAAUCUAUACUGCUGCGCGCGCGUUGCAGGGCGAGGAGGUCCGCAAGAAGCUCACGGCAGAGUUCGCUGAACUGUACCACGAUCUAGACAAGGGAUUCAGCCCCAUUAACUUCAUGCUCCCUUGGGCUCCAUUGCCGCACAACCAGAAGCGUGAUGCUGCUCAUGCUCGGAUGAGAGAAAUCUACACGGACAUUAUCAACGAACGACGCAAGAACCCAGACGAGGAGAAGUCAGACAUGAUCUGGAAUCUGAUGCAUUGCACCUACAAGAGUGGCCAGCCGGUCCCGGACAAAGAGAUUGCUCACAUGAUGAUCACUCUGUUGAUGGCAGGGCAACACUCGUCUUCUUCGAUUAGUUCUUGGAUCAUGCUGCGAUUGGCCUCGGAGCCUCAGGUGCUUGAAGAGCUCUACCAAGAACAGCUGGCCAGCCUUAGCAACAGAAAUGGAGUCUUCGAGCCGCUGCAGUAUCAGGACCUUGACAAGCUGCCAUUCCUCCAGAGUGUCAUCAAGGAGACUCUACGGAUCCACUCGUCCAUCCACUCGAUCAUGCGCAAGGUGAAAAACCCGCUACCAGUACCUGGCACCUCUUACAUUAUUCCCGAAGACCAUGUUCUACUCGCCUCACCAGGCGUAACCGCGCUUAGUGACGAAUACUUUCCUAACGCAACCAGGUGGGAUCCGCAUCGUUGGGAGAACCAGCCUGACAAAGAGGAGGAUGGAGAGAUGGUGGACUACGGAUAUGGCAGCGUGUCGAAGGGCACUGCUAGUCCCUAUCUACCUUUUGGCGCUGGCCGUCACCGCUGCAUUGGAGAGAAGUUCGCCUACGUCAACUUGGGCGUUAUUAUCGCGACCAUAGUGCGCCACUUGAAGCUAUUCAAUGUGGAUGGCAGGAAAGGAGUGCCCGGAACCGAUUACUCGACCCUCUUCUCCGGUCCCAUGAAGCCUGCUAUAGUGGGUUGGGAGCGACGCUUCCCGGACCACUCCAAAGGGUCCUUGAAUUAG